CGGGGCGCGGGGAGCUGGCGCGGGUGUGCGGGUGCACGGUCCCCUAAGUCCCGGCCCGCCGCGGCGCAGAGUCAGCUGUAGGACCCCGGCGGCGCGCAAGGCAUUGGAGACAUCUGCUUAUGAGACAAAAGUGUCCACGAAACUAUGGAUAAUACAGGAACUUUACUUGAUAGUAAAGAGUACCCCGAUACUGAGGUACAGAAGAACCGGGUCCUAACUCUGGAAGAAUGGCAAGAAAAGUGGGUGGACCACAAAAUUGGAUUUCAUAAAGAACAAGGACACCAGCUAUUAAAGAAGCAUUUGGAUACUUUCCUUAAAGACAAGAGUGGAUUGAGGGUAUUUUUUCCUCUUUGUGGAAAAGCAGUUGAGAUGAAAUGGUUCGCAGACCGAGGACACUGUGUAGUUGGUGUGGAAAUCAGUGAACUUGGGAUCCAGGAAUUUUUUACAGAGCAGAAUCUUUCUUACUCAGAAGAACCAAUCGUGGAAAUCCCUGGAGCCAAAGUAUUCAAGAGUUCUUCGGGGAACAUUUCAUUGUACUGUUGCAACCUUUUUGAUCUUCCCAGAGCAAAUAUUGGAAAAUUUGACAGGAUUUGGGAUAGAGGAGCAUUAGUUGCUAUUAACCCAUGUGAUCGUCAACGUUAUGCAGAUAUAAUGCUGUCUCUAAUGAGAAAAGGAUUUCAGUACCUCUUGUGUGUUCUUUCUUAUGAUCCAACUAAACAUUCAGGCCCACCAUUUUAUGUUUCAGAUGCUGAAAUUAAAAGAUUAUUUGGUUCAGUAUGCAAUAGUCAAUGUCUUGAGAAGGUUGAUAUUUUUGAAGAACGAUAUAAAGAUUGGGGACUUGACUGCAUUGUUGAAAAAUUAUAUCUACUUACAGAAAAGUAAAUGAGACAUAAAUAAAAGCAAGUAACAUCAAGUGUUUGAGCUUUUGAGCAAUUGAAAAUUAUGCUAAGGCAUGAAAAUAUAAUGGAUGACCUUUGAAAAGAAUUUUUCACAAAUCACAUCAUAGAUCUGUGCUCAAAAAUGCAUAUAACUUUUGAGAAAAAAAAAUCACAUGCUAAAAUGUUAAGAUAGCUACCUUUGGAAAGAAUAUGGUUGGGGGUGAAAGAUUAUACCUAUGUGUUUUACUUACAGAUUGCAAGAAUUUUUUAUAGUCAGCAUGUAUUCUAUAAUUAAAAAAUAAAAGAGAAAUGUAAUGUAUAUAACUUAAAGAAAUAUAAUAAACAUAAAAAUUGGCAUUUUUAAAAUGAAAUUUAGAACCAUUGAGGAGAUGUAACAUUUUAACAGGGUUCAAAUGAAAAGAAAGUGGUCCAAGAAAUCAUAUAAAAUAUUUCCUAUAAACCCUCAUUAUACCCUCAAAUCUUAGCUCUCCUUCUCACCUGUUUUCCUUGUGUAAUUUUGUAUGUAUCAGAAUCAAGAAAAAAAUUUAAAAAUUAAAUAAGCCAAGCUACAUGAAACAAAUUUUUUUUCUCAAACUGUAAAAA